ACUGGUUCUGCUCAACCAAUUAUAGGCGAAUUGUUUGCAUUCUCACUCGGAUCCGCUCGAUUGCUGUUCGAUUCCAGUUGAAUACAUAUUGGUGAUUUAUUUGACUAUAGUCUGUAGUGGUCUAUAUAGAUUUUUAUACUGGAGCAUAUGAAGGGUCGCCGGUUGUGAAAUUCCUAACAUUUUAAAGUGGAACUGCAGUCAGUCGUUGAAAGACGUUUAAAUUAGUAUAUUUACAUAAUCUGUCUAAUUAAUACACAUUGAAAUGUCUGCUGUAGGAAAGAAAUUAUUUAAGCAAGGAAUUGAGCAACUCCGAAGCAAAGAGUUUCGAGAAUAUUUAAUGAGCACCCACUUUUGGGGUCCUGUUGCAAACUGGGGAAUUCCUAUAGCAGCAAUAGCAGAUACCCAGAAGAGUCCUCAGUUUAUCAGUGGUAAAAUGACAUCUGCUCUUUUGGUGUAUUCUCUAAUGUUCAUGAGAUUUGCGAUAAGGGUCCAGCCUAGAAAUAUGUUGCUGUUUGCAUGCCACUUCACAAAUGAAUGUGCUCAACUAGUUCAACUUGGCCGUUUUGUUAACUAUCACUAUAUAGGGGGAACAAAGAAACAAGAGAAGCAAGUGUGACAAAAUGAACAUUAAUUGUUUCAGCUGUCUGUAGUAAUUAAUUAUAGAUAUUUUAGCUCUUAUCUUUAAACUGAAAAUGGAAUAAUUGCAUUUUCAUAAAAAUGUAAUUAUAUUUUUGAUUUUUAACUUUGUACCUGAAUUGGUGGAUAUAUUCAGAAAUGAAGUUAGUGGCUUUAUGAGCAUGUAAGGAUGUUUCUGAAGUACUGGCAACAGUGUAAUAUUUGGUUUUACAUCCUUUAUAAAUAUUUAAACUGAGAGAUGAGAGUAGGUCUCAACUGGAAGUGGUUGUUAUUUUAUUUAAAAUUCUGUAUUUUCCAUUUCUUUUCAUCAUUUAAUUUCACUGUAGAACACAGGUCAGGCCCCUCAAAUAUGGCAUUCCAUGGUCUGGCAUGAGUUUAUUUUGGUGGAUGGCCACAUCCCACUUCUAGUGCUAAGUGUUCAUGGUUUGCCAUUGUUUGUAUACCUCCAUCAGUCAUGGCACAGAGUACAUACAAUGCUAAUAUCAGUGUAUACUAUAUAUUUACCUAUAUCUUAUGUUACAAUACUGUAGCCAUACAUAACAUAAGGUACGCUGUAUUUAAGAUCUAAAAUUUAAAAUACUCUGUAUGUCAUAUAUCCUUCUGUAUUUCUACUUAUUUUUUUAUAGUUUGAAAUUGUGUAAUAACUAUAUCACAUUAUGUUACAAUGGCUUAUGUAGGUGUUUUGGUAGCAAAAUAUAUUUACAGUCUGUGGUUUGGAAAAUUCUCUGGUCCAACUCCAGUCUGAUUCCAGGAGUGCCAGAUUUGAGAAGUCAUUAUGUGUUCAUUUUUCAGUCAGCAUGAAUCUCGAUUUCAGAGCCAUAUUAGAACUUUGGUACUGUAAUUUGUUUCAAGCUAUUUGGCUUCAGAAUAAUAUCUUCUUAAUGUCAGAUGAGUUUCUUUGCCACAAAUAUAUAUGGCCUUAUUGUACAUGUGGGUGAUAACCAUAAAGUAUAUAAUAUGUUCAUCCAGUUUGAACUGUGCUAAGUAGGAAGAAUCAAGGGACCCCAAAGCAUGCGGAUACUCUUACCAUUGUGUUUAAGUAUAAUUGAAGAGUUACGUUUUCUGGAAUAUAAUGCCGUGUAGUGCACUGGAAGUCAACUGAUGUUUUGGAAGAACAUAUCACUUCCAUCUUCAGGCUGGAGAGUAAGUAAAGCUAGGAAUCGGCAUGUAGCAGGCAGCAAGUAAAGCAUACUUGCUAUACAGGUUUUGUUUCAUAUGUAAAGAAUUAUAUGUUUUUAAGUUAUGUAGCCACAAUGUUUCCAUUGUUUAAGUGCAGCUAUGGCAAAUAUUUGUCUGAGAACUGCUGCCUUAUGUGAUGAAACAUGUGGAUAACAUUGGGUAUCUUGGGGUAUAAUAGUAACUUAUUUUGAGUCAUAUAUAAACAUUUAUUUAUAUAGCUAUGUAAUUGAAUGGAUGAUUUUGAAUUCAGUACAUUUUAAUACUGAAUGAUAAAUUACACUUCUAGGAACUCCUUAUUACCUAUUAUAGUGUGUAUGUUGCUCAGUUUUGAACUUAGAGGCUUCACAUUUUCUUAAUGCAUCAUAUUACAUCUCUACAAAUCAGAAUUGUGAAUUAUAGGUAAGGACUGAGAGUUGCUUAUGCUGUUGAACUUGGUUAGCUAUACUUUGGCUGAAAGGUGGCACUGUCAUUAGAUCACUGGAUUUGGGUAUGCUCUGUGUUAUGCUGUGUGUGAAGGCAUAUAAGCUCAAGUCAUACUGAGUUUUCAUUGCCAGAGUUAACAUUGAAUUUAUGUGUUCUACACUGCCAUGCCAUCUGUCUUAGUAAUAGUAAUACUAGUGUAUUUAGGUGCUAGUGAGGUUAAUCACAGUAGCAGGCAGUAUGAGAUGUUCAAGCAGUCCAUUAUUUAUGAUAGUUAACUUAGAUUAAUAAUGAAGCACUGUUGUCUUUUAUUUUUGUAUAUUUUAUAUGGAAGUUGUUUCAUUUCCAUGAAAAAUGCAGAAUGUAUUCUCAUUGAUAUCAAAACACAGGAAAUUACAACAUAAGAACUCUAAAAUAUUUUGCUGCUUUUCAGGCAUGUAAAACUGUGCUUUGUAAUGCCGAGGUUGACUAUGUUUAGCUUGGAGUUACAUAUAGCAGUAUAAUACAUUACUUUUUCAGUGCUUUCUUUUUCUGAAAACAUGUCUGCAGGUACUGUCCUGCUGUUUUAGCCUCAAGGCUAAAACAUAUAAUGGACUAGCAAAUGUGUGACUUUUGUCAAGUUUCCUGGUAUAUAUACCAGCUGAAAGAAAGCAUAACUUUUAUUGAAAUAACAGUGAAAUAUAUAUUUAUAAAGGUACUAAGUUUUGUAUACAGAAUGUAAGUCUGUAAAUUAUAUCUUAACGAGUUUUUUGUUGUUGA